GGUGUUCGAACAGGGCGUGGAUCCAACAGGUGAGACCAACACCUAGUUCUUCCCACCCUCACGUGACCUUGCCAAGAAGAAUCAGUGAGAAUUAAUGCACCAUCAUACAAACGUCUCAUCAGAGUUCGGUCUCACGCUUAUCAAAACUAAAGCUCAGAAAAAAAAGCUUGAAUAUGGUGUAAUAUAUAGUGUAAAGUGUGUUUGCGGGUUGACAACUAAUCACUGGUGUAGGAAGUAAACAAUGGCGUGGGUGUGGUGUAGGGUGUGUGUGGUAUUGUUGGUGUGUGUGGAGUGGUGUUUUCCUCAGGACCUGGGUAGACCAGAUGAUGACCCCAGAGGACUACGUUAUGGUACUGACAAUCGGUGGAGGGGCGUCCUUUACAACAAACUACGGCUACAGAAUCGCUACAACCACCCAACGCAUAUGAUCCUAGCACCACGAACACUACGUCCUGGAGCAGUGUACAGGUGUGUCGUUUCCAUCUUGAACCUUGAUCAUCCCGUCCAUGUCAGGGCAUCACUACAGAAGGAUGGAGUGGAGAUUACUUCAUCCAAAAAGGAUAUCAUGAAAGGUUAUCCUGAGACACUCCUCCUACAGAUUCCCAGGACCAGUGUGGAUGGGGAUUACCGUCUGCGCCUGGAGGGUAACGUGCCAGGAACUGUUGGUGGGACAGUCUUUACAAAUGAUACUCGUCUUCAUUUUUCUACACGUUUCCUCACCAUUCUCAUCCAAACCAACCGACCUGUGUAUACUGGUGAUCAGGAAGUUCGUUUUCGGAUCAUCCUCCUGACCACUGAAUUGAAACCUUAUGAUGAUCCUGUAGAUGUGUAUAUCCUGGAUGCAGAUGGCUUUGUAAUGCGUCGGUGGCCAUCUCGACCUACUAAUGUGGGUGUGGUGUCCAUGUCAUUCACUCUCCCUUCCCUGCCCAAAGUUGGCUGGUGGGCAAUUAAAGCACUUGUAAAUGGUCAGGAAGAACUGAAGAUGAUCAAAGUGGAGAAGUGGUACACACCACGAUUUGAGGUGAAGUUGUUCAUGCCAAAAUACUUCCUGGAGACUGAGGAAGCAAUCACAGGUGUCGUGGGAGGAGAAUUUGGUAAUGAUAAAGGUGCAUAUGGUAAUGCCACUCUCAAACUUUUUGCGCGAAACAGGAUACAACCUGACUGGGUCUUUGUUAUGGAAGAAGAUUUUGCUCCGUUUGAUGGAGAGGAUGAAUUUAACUUUCCAAUGGAGGAAAUAUCCAACAAGAUUGGCUUACUAGAUGGAUCAGAAAUUCGUAUUGAAGCUGAGAUUCAGGACACAUUUAUGAUGAUCAAUGAGACAGGUUACUCAAUGACCAAGAUCAUCAAUUCGUCUGUCGACUGUCGCUUCUUAGGAUCUGCUCCAUAUGUAUUCAAGCCAGGAAUGCCAUUUGAGGCUUCUGUCGCAGUCUCUUAUCAUGACCUUCAACCGCUGGGUGAGGAAAAGUUGCAUGUCUCCAAGCUUGUGGUGAAGGCUGAAGCUGUGUCUGAGUCUGGCGGCAGAGAGACAAUCUUGACCAUAGAGAUCCCACAAGUAAACUCAGAAGUGGAGGAAGAUGCAUUCCUGGAGUCAUCUUGGCUCUACAACAAAAGGAUGCAAGCUAUUCUGGCUAAGGACCCAACUUAUAAUAUUGAAGAUUAUGACUAUAACUACAAUUUUGACUAUGAAUCUGGAGCACGUUACUUGACAGAAAAUGAACUAGUGGAGAAGAAGCUGGAGAAAUUCUUAAGAAGUCAGCAGUUUCAGAAAUACCGUGAAAAGGGUGUGUUCCAUUUUACAGUGGAUGUGCCAGACAAAACAGCAAAGCUCACUUUAACCGCCUCUUAUCAGGAUGACUUGGGUUCAAUUGCUUCGGCAAAUGCCCAGGCAAUUGCUUUCUAUUCAUCAAAGAAACAAUAUAUUGGUGUAGAAACAAGCAGCAAAGGAGUCACUGUUGGUGAAUUUGUGGUUUUUCAUGUCCGAUCUAAUUUCAACAUAGACUCCUUCCACUACCUUAUUAUGGCAAAGGAGAUGAUACUGUAUGCUUCAAAGGAAGAAUUAGACAGAACUAGUCGGUCUAGUGUGAAGACAGUCUCGGUUCCAGUGAGUUCAGAGAUGGCACCAGCAUUUAAGAUUAUAGUGUAUCAUCUCACACAGAAUUAUGAGAUUAUUUCAGAUUCUCUCACUGUCCCAGUGGAUGGUAUUUCCCGCCACAAGGUGAAGUUGGUGAUGAACCAGGACAAGGACCACAGUAUUCGCUCAGUGGAGAUGGGUGCUUACAGCACACCAGGAGCCUUUUACGGUGUAUCAGGAGUACGAGAGUUUACUUAUGCCAUGAGAGGUGGGAAUGAGCUGUCCCAUGCCUCUGUGCUUAACUCUCUACAUGAGUUCUCCAACAGCACCAGGUCUGUCCACAAAAUGACAUGGAGGUACCGUGACGGCUACCAGCCUGAGGAGGUUGAGUACUACACUGCUGGCAACUAUGGUCCGGAUGCAAAUAGGACCUUUGAGUUUAAUGGAGUUGUUAUAUUCACUGAUGCUGUUGUAGGUGUCAUUCCUGGUUAUGCUGAGAGCAGAUGUAAUGAAACAGAAGGUUAUUCUCGUUGUCUUGUUGGUGGCUGUUAUGCAACCGUGAAACGAUGUGAUGGUUUUGUUGACUGCACUGAUGGCUUUGAUGAGGUGGAUUGUUUUGAUCCGCUGGAGGACAGGGAGUUGGAUUACCGCAUUCAUCGCUACGUUAAAUUCUCUGACUUUUUUGAUGCAGAGGAUGGUGAUUGGCUCUGGCUUGAUAUGAAUAUAGGUCACAAGGGACAUGAGCAGAAUAAUAUUGAACUGCCCAAGGUGGAUGACCCAUAUGUACUUAAUGCAUUCAGUGUCAGCAAAGAAUUUGGUUUUGGGCUCAUUGACACUCCACAAGAAUAUUCUGCAAUGCCACCGAUGUAUAUCAGCUUAGAAAUGCCUGAUUCUUGCCGACGAGGAGAACAGGUUGGUAUGCGUAUUAUGGUGUUCAACAAUCUGCCACAGGAGAUGAUGAUUUUAUUAGUCCUUCAUGGAGCUGACACACAUCGUUUUGUGCUGGUGGAGGAUAAUGGCGUGGUGGACUUUUAUCGGCCACGUACAAAAGCUGGGGACCAUCAACAUCUUGUCUCGGUUAAUGCUGACAGUGCAGUGGAGAUCAUAUUCCCAGUAGUUGCCACCAUUGAUCAGGGAGAAAUUGAAUUAACUGUGUCAGCACUAACACAGAUCGGCCGGGACGAAGAAACAGCCACACUCAUGAUAGAGCCUGAGGGAGCAACAAUAGAACGUCAUACAUCCACCUUACUUGACCUCAAGAACCGGGCUGUUGUCUAUGAGUACAUGGAUAUCAUCGUGGAGGAAUCUUUCGUCAUUCCACUGGACAUUCGACGACGUUUUGUUGCCGGAUCCCCAAAAGGCCAUGUGUCACUCUGUGGAGAUAUUGUUGGUCCAUCCUUUCCAUAUGGGGGCCCAGUCAACUCCGAGCAAAUGUUACGUAAAACUCUAAAAGGAACAGAAGCAUCCACUUUCAACUUUGGGGCUAACCUCUGGACUUUGCAUUACCUUCGUCUCACAAAUCAACUUGAUUAUGCAGAAGCCCGAGAAAUUUUUGAUCAGCUGAAUGUAGAACUAGCAGCCAUCAUGUUCAGGUUCAGUGCUGAUGGAUCCUUCAAAAUGUGGGACACUUCUGCCCCAAGUGUUUGGUUGACUGCUUGGACAACUCGCAUCGUCCAUCAAGCUCAAUUCCAGGACUGGGAAAACCUCAUUUAUAUUGAACCCAAAAUAAUUUCCACGGCUGUGGAAUGGCUUGUCAAGUGGCAGGACCCUGUCAGUGGGGCCUUCAGAGAAACACCUGGAUAUGAGGAUGUCCCUCUUGACAAGAAAGCAAAUGGCUAUUCAUAUGGGAAUGAAUGGCGAGGUCCAAAGAAUAUUACCUUAACUGCUCAGUGCCUCAUCACACUGCAGUUUACUAUGGACUCACUGCAAGGGAACGUCCGGGCAAAAGCCAACAAUGCACGUACUCAGGCCCUCAGGUACCUGGAACGGGAACACAAGGCCAUCCGUGAUCCAUAUGAAGUGGCCAUUGUAGCUUAUGCACUCUCUGUUGCUAACUCUGUGGAGAAGGAAGCAGCGUACAAUACUUUGGAUAGUUUGAAAAGGGAGGAGAAUGGACUUGUCUAUUGGUCUCGAGCGCCCAUCAAGACCAACAACCGGGUGUAUGAGAACAACCAGAGGAACCUGUUGCAGCCUAAAUAUGAAGAGGAGUGGGAUUCUCAUGCUGUUGAAGCGUCGUCCUAUGCACUGCUUGUGUACCUCAUACGUGAUGGUGUCAACAUCAUCCAGGAGCGUAUCGUGUUGUGGCUGAAUGCAAUGAGGAUGCAUGAUGGAGGCUUCAUAUCAACUGUCGACACACUGGUAGCAAUGCAGGCACUGACAGAAUAUUCAUACCGUGCACGUUUGAGGGACAUUACAGACAUGCGUGUAACAGUUGAGGCCACCGGAGAAGCGGGGCGAGCCUCUCACACUGUCGGGAUUUCCAAUACGAGUGUGUCUCGUAUGAACUUUAUUCCGAUUCAAAAUGUUUGGGGACUGGUGAAUGUUGUGGCUAAUGGAGCUGGCCAGGCUAUUCUUCAGCUGGAUGUGAGCUUUGGCAUUGACUGGACUGAACUCAAGAAACAACCACCCAUUGAUGCAUUUGACCUAACAGUUUAUGAGCAUUUCUUACCAGCUAGGAAUAAGUCUGUCUGUAAUGUGACUGUUUGUGCCAGGUGGACCAACACAAAAGAGUCAUACCAGAGUUCAGCCACAGCCAUUGAGAUAGAAGUCCCCACUGGCUAUGUGGCAUUCCAGAUUGACCUCGAGAAGAGUAUUCAUGCAGCACAAGUUGACAGAACAUUCCCUACUGUUCGUGAUGUUCUUGGUGGACACGGAGAUGUGUUUGCCAAGAAAGUCGUCUGGUUCUUUGAUUAUAUACCGUCCAAUGAAACUUGGUGUUUCCACUAUCUGAUGAAAAGAUGGUAUCCUGUGGCCAAUUUGACUGAUGUAAGAAUGGCUACAAUUUAUGAGCUUUAUCAGCCAGAGCGGUUCCAAAUGGUGAUGUUCAAUUCAACAGUGGGUUCCUUGGAUAUUUGUGAAGUGUGUGGUUCUUAUCAGUGUCCAUACUGCCCCAUCUACAGCUCUGGCCCAUCACUCAACCUCCCUCCACUGGGCAUUCUGCUCUCUGUGGCCAUCGUCACUUACAUUUACCAGGUGUUGCCAGUGACAUUUCCUCUGUUCAGUUUGCUCUGUAUGAGUCCAGGUCGCAGAAGGUAACUAUAUAUUGUGAAGUUGUCUCCUAUGGAAGGAAAGAUGCAGUGAUUCUCAUUACUAGUAAUAUAUGGGUGUAAUAACUGGCAUAGGCUUGCCAAAGAGCGGGGGGGGGCGCGAUCGCCUCCUCCCCUUGAGCUACUGUAACAAAUUAUUCCAAAUAAAAAUUUAACAACAAGAAACGAAAAAAUAAUAAUGAUAAUAAUAAAAAUAAUAAAAAUAAUAGCAUCACUAACAACGUCAAGAACAACAAAUGUAUUUCAGAAAAAUAUUAAUUAUGUCGUAUUUCAACAAUACCUCGGUAUGUUUAGUUCAAAGUAACCCCCCCCCCCCUUCUCCUCUUCCUCCUUAACAAAUUUAUUAGUAUGCCACUGGUAAAUGGUCAAAUUUAGUUGUGCUAAAACAUACCGUUGCUAAUGUACAGUAAUACUAAAUGUAACCUUGAAUAUAAAAUUUAUAUUUUGCUUAAAACUAGCUAGUAUUUACAAUUUAUUAUAUUUAUUAGAUAAGCCAUCAUUGUGUAAAUUCCACAUCUUGGUAUAUGUGCAUCCUCUAUGUGUACUUAAGUAUAAACCAGAAAAUUAGUCGUAAAAUAUUUCUUUCUAUAAAAGUUUCUGACAUAUUUAUGAGAUACAUUAUUGGUGUAAUUUUUCAUCCCAGAUCUAAGGAGGUGUGAUGAGAAAUUUCUGUUCAUAGUUCAAUAUUGAUGAUACAGUUUAUCAGAAGGAUUUGCUGCUAAUAAACCUCCAUCUCCUCAUAAUAUGACUAUUUGAAUUUUGCGACUGGUGAUAGGAUCAUCCAAUUUUUUUCACCGUCCUUAAGGCUUAUAACGGGUGUGCAACACAACCCUUGCUAGACACCAUUGAGUUGCAGGGAGCAAAGCCAUCACUCUGCUUAACACAUUACUGUAUAUAAUAAACUAAAUGAUAUUUACCUGAGUGACCUGACCAUUAAUGUGUUACCUCACUCCUGGAGCUGUCUUACACUUUAUAACCCACAUGUGAGGUCUGACACUUCCAAUGACCCCAAACAAUAAUAUUAGGAAAGAAAGUUUUUAUGUUGUCUAUUUGAUGUGACAUUAAUGGGUCAUUUUGAUAUUUGCCAGUGGUGUUUUUGUCAUUGUCAUCAGCCACACCAAAAGGAAAAGCAAUGUAAUAUGUAUAAAUCUAAAUUGCUUCUGUAAAUUUUCCAUAAACGUGACAACAUACAGUAGUUAUAUACAGUAUUACAGUCAGCAUUUAUUGCGACUAGAGAAAAGUACAGGGAACGUCAUUUUAUGGUUGAAAGAUGUUAACAAAAACCUUAAUGCUUAGGAUAACAAAUGAGAUUUUUUUCUUCACAUUUGGCAUAUUCUUUGUCAUUACUAAGCCAUAAACACCAACAAUACCAGUAUAUGCAUUAAAUGAUGCUCAAGGUCCCCUUUUUUCAUCCAGUAAGUUCACCAGACUUCAGCAAACUUCCACAGUUAUUGAUUAGAAAAAUUGCUAAAUCUUUUCAUGCUAUAUUAACUGCUGGUAUACAUUAUUAAGUCUCCCACAACCAAAGUUUGAUUAGCUAGAACCAAAUCUAUGUCUCAAGGCCAGAGGUCAAGGUCACAGAAAGGUCACAAAUAAGAAUAUGGUCCAGAGUACAGUAUACAUUUGAUGUUAGUACAGUACAGUAUAGAUAUUUGUAUGAAACUUCAUAUGAAUCUGUACCACUACUGGGCAGAAUGCUUUGUAUUAAAUUAAAAUAUCUGGGUCAAGGUCACAGCUGACAGCCUAAGUUCAAACUCUACUUGGAGUAUAAAUCUUGUUUAAGAAAUUUUAAUGUCAACAAGGUGGUGUGUUACAAACAACUCCCAGGUUCCUGUCAUGAAGGUCAAACUUUGGUGUCUGAGUAAAAAAUGGGUAAUUCCUCUGUUCGGGAGCCUCCAUCUACUGAUUUCACUGAUUUUCUUGUUUUUAAAAGAUUUUAAAUUUAUCUCAUUUCAUAUUGUUCAAUCUUAGCAUUGUCACUUUCGUCUCAUAUCUCAUUUAUAUUCUAAAUGUAAAAAGAUAAAAACAAAAUACUGUGUCCAUAAACUGGAGCUUCACAAAUUCAAUAUUCACUAUUUAAUGUUUUGGGAUGAUUCGAUAUUUUUUGUCAAGGUAGAAUUCUCAAGAUUUUUUCAUUUUUGAAGAAAAUAAUUGAAUUUGCCCAAAACCUUGAAAUAACUGUACAGUACUGUAUAAUGUGAGAUGUGUUCUUAUGAGAAAAAAAGUCUCACUUUUUUGUUCUUUGAAGUUCAAAUGUAAAAAAAAAAUAUGAAAAAUUCACGCUUGCACAUGAGAUUAAAAAAAAGGGGAGGUCUACUUGUAAAUAAAACUGGGAAUA